AUGUCGGUUUCAGCACGUCUCACAACUGGCCUUUGCCGAAGGGCCGCGGCAUGCCCCGGAUCAACAACACCAAUAACACGACUCCAACAUACCUCCGGCGUUCGGAAUCUAUCCCUGGCCUCCCGCGGCCGGUUACGGCCCACCACCAAUGUGCGUGCGAUCAAUAGCCGGAGCGCAUUCCUUGCCGCACGAACAACAACAGCAACACCAAGGAGGUGUUUGUCCACCACACCAGCCCGACAAUACGCCGAAGCAGACGAAUCUUUCGACCCAGCCACCAUCGACCGCGAAAGCGACGAAGUCGACGUCUGCAUCAUCGGCGGUGGGCCCGCGGGCCUGUCAGCCGCCAUCCGACUGAAGCAGCUCGCCAACGCGGCCGGGAAUGAGGACUUCCGGGUGCUGCUGCUGGAGAAGGCCGGGGAGGUCGGGGCGCAUAUUCUCUCAGGCGCUGUCAUCCAGCCGACGGCGAUUAACGAGCUGAUUCCGGAGUGGCUUGAUGAGGCGAACGAGAACCGGUUCACGGGGGCGACGCCCGCGGGCAAGGAUAGCAUGCGGUUUCUGACGAAGAGCAUGUCGAUUCCGCUGCCGACGCCGCCGCAGAUGCAUAACCAUGGGAAUUAUAUUGUUAGCUUGAACGAGUUUACGAAAUGGCUGGGGGAACGCGCUGAGGAAGUUGGUGUGGAGGUGUAUCCUGGGUUUGCUGCUAGCGAGGUGCUUUACCAGCCGGAUGGGAGCGUCAAGGGCGUGGCGACCAAUGAUCUGGGUAUUGCGCGGUCUGGGAAACCGAAGGAUACGUUUGAGCGGGGGAUGGAGUUCCACGCGCGGGUGACGCUCUUUGGUGAGGGAUGCCACGGCAGCUUGAGCAAGCAGGUGAUCAAGAAGUUCGACUUGCGCAGCGAGUCCCAGCACCAGACGUAUGCGCUGGGGAUUAAGGAGGUUUGGGAGGUACAGCCGGAGAAGUUCAAGAAAGGCGAGAUCACCCAUUCGAUGGGGUGGCCGUUACCAUAUGACACCUACGGCGGCGCUUGGAUGUACCACUUCGGUGACAACCUGGUUAGCAUUGGGCAGGUGGUUGCGCUCGAUUAUCCCAACCCGUGGCUGUCGCCCUACGGCGAGUUCCAAAAGCUCAAGCAGCACCCGCUGUACCGCGACGUGCUGGAAGGUGGCAAGUGCAUCUCAUACGGCGCGCGCGCGCUCAUCGAGGGAGGGUUCCAGUCGAUCCCUAAGACCGCCUUCCCCGGCGGUGCCUUGAUUGGCGACUCGGCCGGGUUCGUCAACGUCCCCAAGAUCAAGGGCACACACAACGCGAUGAAGUCGGGCAUGCUGGCGGCGGAGGCCGCCUGGGAAGCACUGCGGGAGAGCUCUGACGAUGGCUCCGUCUUCCUGUACGCAUACGAGGAUGCCCUGCGCCGAUCGUCGAUCUGGGAAGAGCUCGGCGAAGUCCGCAACAUGCGGCCCUCUUUCCACACCAAACUCGGCCUUUACGGUGGCAUGCUCUACUCCGGGCUCGAGGCCUUCAUCCUCAAGGGCCGCGUGCCGUGGACACUGCGCCACAAGACCACCGACCAUGAGGCGACCAAACGGGCCGAUCAGUCCAAGAAGAUCGAAUACCCCAAGCCCGAUGGCAAGCUUACGUUUGACAUCCUGACCAGCGUCUCGCGCACGGGGACGAACCACGAGGAGGACCAGCCGGUGCAUCUGCAGGUCAAGGACUGGGACAAGCACACAGCCGAGACCUGGCCGGCGUUUAAGGGCCUGGAGAACCGGUUCUGCCCGGCGGGUGUGUAUGAGUAUGUUGAGGACGCCUCCAAGCCAGAGGGCGUGCGGUUUCAGAUCAAUGCGCAAAACUGCAUCCAUUGCAAGACUUGCGACAUCAAAGCCCCCAACCAAGACAUCAACUGGCAGGUACCCCAGGGCGGCGAAGGUCCCAAGUAUUACAUGACCUGA